CGAGUAGAGAGUAUCAUAUCAUACCUCUCUCUAUGCCCCGAACUUUGCAUCCAUUCUCUCUCUUUCUCUGCUCCCCCCUGCUCCAUCUUCUUCAUUGCCCUCUUGCUCUCCCUCCUUAUUCCCGUGCCUCCCCUUUCGCCCACCAGAAUUGGGGCGUUACCAUAAACCAUCACAACAACUGCGCUCAAUUCCCCUCGAUAGCGGUAAAAGCGCCAGAAUUGUGAAAGGCCCAAUCAAUCAUCGUAUUAUUUUUCAUUAUUUUCGAUUAUACCAAAUCUACUAGCCUCUCCGCAAUUUCCUUCAUAGGUGGGGCGUUCCCGACUGGCCAACCGAAAGAUCCACCUCGAGUUGAGGCGAGAGCAGAUCUUCCCUGGAAACGGCGACUGGAGCUCUUUAGCAGGGCCGCCCGACGUUUCUGAAACUCCCAAGCUUCCCUCUCCUGCCCCCAUGACCUUUCCCUCCUUCCCGCUUUCUUCUCCCUACCACUUGCUUCCUGCUACCCUUGCCGCAUCUCGUGGAAUUAUUUCUCUUGUCUGCCCCUUCCCAGACAAACUCUUUUCUUUUCUAUUGUUGUGGAAGAGAAAAAGGCACGGGAGAUAGAAACCUAAUCGCCCCGGAGGCAGGACAAUUCCCAGAGGAUCCGGACUACAUACCGUGCUUCUCGACCGUGCACACGCACACACACCGUCAUCCGUCCUUUACCUUAUCCGCUCCUUUCCUGUCGUUUCGAAACAUACCUUGUCUUUUACUUAUACGCUCUCUCCAGCAUUCACACUAAUCCAAUCAACCGCCGUUACUCCUCACCUCCUUCCCCUUCAACUCAAGAAUAUACUACCCAGCAAAUCGCCUACUUCUCAGCCAGUCCACGUUUAUAAUCUUACAAUCCCACAAUGUCGCUCGUACAGCCCCCUGUUCCAGAUCGACGGCCAGCCCCUUCUAUUGAGCUUGGAACAAAUAACCCCUUCCGUCGCAGACUCUCAAAUACUCCCUCUUCUCCCGCUUCAGCCACCAACGAGCGAUUCUCUUUCGUGUCUACCGGUGGCAGGCCACAAUCCCGCAACCCUUUUCUUGACGUUUUUGAAGACGAUUUCUUCGCUGCCGAACGCCCCUCCGCUGCCCACAAGGCCAACUCUUUCGACUCCUCUUCUGCAUUGCGGCCACAAUUCUCGGGUGCUGCUGCAGAGCUCUUUGAAAAUCUGACCAUUACUGACCAUUCCGGAGAUACCAACACGAGCAAUAUGUACGGUCGAUCCGACGGCAGAGAUUAUAUGCCACCGCCGCCCUACCGGCCACAACAGAAGCACAGGCAGUUAUCAAAUGGACAUCACCAUUCAAGAUCGUCAGAUGAGAAAGGAGCCCAAUUAAUUCCCAUUGACUCGACACCUAGGAAUCCACCUCCGAGGCAGCGCCCCCCUCCUAAUGGUCGUUUCGUUGAUAGGCCCCGGGAUAUGGAUCGUGAGCUCAGAAGACGGCCCAGAAGGAAUUCGGACUCGUCAGUAAUCGAUGUGCAUGAGGCUGAGCAGAAAGACCGAGAGAGACGUGAACGUCGCCAUCGCGAACAACGCUCUCGUGAUCAAGGAUCUGGGUCCGGAUCAGGCCGUAAAGAGAGGGAUGAUCGUGUCCGACGAGAGAAGGAUCGCAAGAAGAAUGGGGCACCCCUGGAUGUUAUCGAUAAGCUAGAUGUCACCGGCAUCUAUGGCUCUGGGUUGUUUCAUCACGACGGUCCAUUUGAUGCCUGUAAUCCGCAUCGUAACGCGAAGAACUCCAGAAGGCUCGCACCUGUUCACGCAUUCCCUGCUGAUUCCGCCAACAAUGCCCUUUCCGGGUUUGGCCCGGUAAGUGCCAAGGCUGAUCACUCCCAUGUCUUCGGAAAUAGAGAUCCGGAGGCUUUUAAUGAUUUCACGGCUUCUGGAAGACGUCCUUCCGCUCCCAGUGAACUGGGAUCUACCAAAGCUAUCGGCGCCUUUGAUCCAAAGAAAAAUGUAGAUAUUAUCCAUGGAGAUGAAACACCAGGCCUAGGCACAUCUACUUUUCUAGAUGGCACGCCGGCAUCAAGAGCAGCUGUACAGAAGUCAGAAUCGACAGACGACCGACCUAAGUCACCGAAUGGGAUGAACAAUGGUGGUGGCUUGCAACGAAAGAAAUCGUUGGCUCAAAAGAUUAGAUCUAUUAGUCAAAACAGGACUACGGAUGGCCCCGUUCAAUCGCAUCGCCGUCCUCCUCCUCCUCCUCCUAAUAGGUCUCCCACUGAUGGGGCGUAUUCCCCUACGACUCCGGCGGGGAAUUCUUCUCAUAACAACAAUCCAUUCUUUAGUGAUUACGAUGGUGCUUAUGAUAGAAAGGGCGAAACCAUCUCUGUGUCGGAGAGGAGGGCACCCGGGUCUCCCAGAAAGCCUUCUCUUGGGAGAAGUCAGACUGGAGAUGGAAAACCGGGCGAGAAUGGCGGUCUCAUGAAACGUGUGAGAAGUCUGUCGAAACCAAAGAGGCGCAAUGAGUGAUUCCCGCUUCAAUUAAUUAUACUAGAAAGUCGGUGUAGGCUUGGGACCAUGGUCGAUGUGGGGUGUGAUGGAUCAUGUGUAUGAUGAUUCUCGGUGGCAUUUCGAGGGGCAUGGCAUUAGCUGUUGGAUUGUCCUUUUUUUCUCCUUUCCAUUGUUUUUAAUGUCUAUCAUUGCAUUCGCUCGUUUACCCCUCCUCUUCAAACUUACACCAUUAUUCUCUUUUUCCACACCGUUUCUACUCCCUCUAGCGCACUUUUUCUCCUCUUUCUUGUUUCUCUUUUGUAGCAUCCGUAUUCGCAUCCUAAAAUACCAUUGUUUGCGUUCAUGCUGUAAGGGUUGCGGAGUUACAAUCGCCUUUUUGUUCGUUCUACUUUAAAUCCUUCUAAAUUUAUCAUAUCAUCCGUGGGGCUGUGCUUUUUUCCUUCCUUAUAGUUAUCAGGUGGCGACGACUGAAGCGGGUUGAUAUCAUAUGAAGAUCUGGCGGAGAUAUUUUCGAUGGGCAGAUAGGGCGUUUCUAAUCUACUAUGGUAUCAUAUAUCGA